GCGAGCGGACGUUUGCUUAAUUCGUGUAUAUUUGUGUGCUCUAAUCUCGGUAUUUUCCAGUUAUUUGUCUUGGUGCAGUCCCACUACAGUAGUACAAUACUACAGCUUGCUUCACUAGUGUGCGAUGGCUGCAUCGAACGACGAGGGACUGACGGUAACUUUGAGACCACCGUGUGUAGUUGGAGACAAAGUCGAAGACAUUGACACUCCAGCACUGGUUGUUGACCUUGAUAAAAUGGAGAGAAACAUGGAUAAGAUGACAGAAUUCAUGAAGGAAUUCCCCAGUUGCAAAUUGCGUCCGCACGCCAAGAGCCACAAAUGUCCCGCAAUAGCAAGGAUGCAGAUUCAGCGUGGAGCAGUUGGAGUAUGUGUUCAAAAAGUCACUGAGGCGGAGGCGAUGGUCAAUGGCGGUAUAAAAGACGUGCUUGUCACCAACGAGAUAUAUGGGAAAACAAAACUGAAACGACUUGCGUCUCUGGCCAGUAAAGCUCGCAUUGGAGUAUGCGUUGAUUCGAUCGAAAACCUUCGACAGGUGUCUGCGGCAGCAAAAGAUCAACAAACAAACAUCGAUGUAUUGGUUGAGGUUAAUCUGAAGAUGUACAGGUGUGGUGUUGAACCAGAUGAAGUGGUGCCAUUGGUAUUACUUGCAAAGGAACUACCAAAUAUCACGUUUGUUGGACUACAAUGCUAUGCAGGACGCAAUCAACAUAUCAGGGAGUCCGCGAUGCGUUCGUUUGCUUCCCACGAUGCAAUGGACAUAGCAAAGAUUGCUAUCAAGAAUUUAUCUGAUGCUGGGAUCGAGUGUAAAUACGUCACUGGCGCUGGUACGGGUACAUUCAAAUAUGAAGGAGGAAUUGGAGUUUUAGAUGAAUUCCAGUGUGGUUCUUAUAUAUUUAUGGACGUCGAUUAUUGUCGAAAUAUUGGAGAUGAUGGUAAACAGUUUUUCGAAUUUGAACAAAGUUUAUUUGUUUUAUCCACCGUGCAUAGCCUGCAGGGUGGCUCCAUGGCGAGAGCGAUUCUAGACGCCGGAAUUAAAGCUAUUGGAGCGGACUCAGGUCCGCCAGAGGUUUAUCCAUGGAAAGAUCUUGUAUAUUUCUUUGGGGGAGACGAACAUGGUAUCAUUGUACCACCGGGGCCGUACAAGCUUGGUGAGAAAGUGUAUCUAAUUCCCGGACACUGCGACCCAUGUGUGAAUCUAUACGAUUGGAUUGUAGGAAUACGUAAUAACGUGGUAGAGACAAUCUGGCCCGUCUCUGGCAGAGGACCUGGCAUUUAGUCAAAAACAAUUUCAUUGUCUAAUUCGGACGGCGAUGGCGCUGUAGGUGGUAAUGCGAUUUGAAACAACGUUUUGUUGUUAGACAAAAUCUUGGGAACACAGUUGUAAAAUAACAUUGAAUGAGAUCAGGUAUCCUAUGUUUAAGAACUGAGAUUUUAAUACCUGAAUGCGAUUUGGACUGUAUUCGAAUAAUUUCUCAAUCCUAGUCAUAUUUGUAACGAUAUUAAAAAAUGCAACUAAGGAAUUUCUUCCUGGUAAAAGCAGGCAUUAUUGCAUUACCUUGGACGGAAAUGUGACAUUCGUGAGAUAUUUGUGCCAGUGUUACAUGAUUCUAUGAAAUAAAAAAAAAAA